AUGGCGAUCACAAGCAUGGAUCCCGGACCAGGUGCCGCUGCGUUGCAGGCUUGGGGCGGCCAAAUGGCUGCCUUCGGUAGCAACGAGACUGUUGUCGACAAAGUACUCCCUGACAUGUUGCACCUCAUCGAUCCUCACUGGUACCAAUUCCCGCCGAUGAAUCCUAUGUGGCAUGGACUACUUGGCUUUGUAAUGGGCAUACUUGGUUUCAUCUCCAUCACUGGCAACGGAAUGGUUGUCUACAUCUUCACGACCACUAAGAGUCUUAAAACUCCAUCAAACAUUCUCGUUGUAAAUCUCGCCUUCUCCGACUUCCUCAUGAUGACCGUAAUGGCCCCGCCUAUGCUGAUUAGCUGCUACUACGAAACCUGGGUGUUGGGACCCUUAGCUUGUCAACUAUACGCUUGCGCUGGAUCAUUGUUUGGAUGCGGUUCCAUCUGGUCUAUGACCAUGAUCGCUUUCGACCGCUAUAACGUCAUCGUAAAAGGCAUAGCUGCAAAACCAAUGACCAUCAAUGGCGCUUUGCUGCGAGUACUUGGUAUCUGGGCCUUCGCCCUUGCAUGGACCAUUGCUCCAAUGGUCGGCUGGGGCCGAUACGUACCAGAAGGCAACAUGACUGCCUGUGGAACUGACUACUUCGACAAAUCUUUCGCCAACCGCUCUUACAUCUUAGUCUACUCAGUCUUCUGCUACUUUACACCACUGUUUCUCAUUAUCUACUCCUACUUCUUCAUUAUUCAGGCUGUAGCAGCUCAUGAAAAAGCGAUGAGGGAGCAGGCGAAGAAAAUGAACGUUGCCUCUCUUAGGUCUUCUGACCAGGCUAACACCAGCGCUGAGUGCAAACUGGCUAAGGUAGCAUUAAUGACGAUCUCCCUGUGGUUCAUGGCGUGGACACCUUACCUGGUGAUCAACUACUGCGGCAUCUUCGACGGUGCUCCAAUCAGCCCCCUCGCAACCAUCUGGGGCUCUGUCUUCGCCAAGGCUAAUGCCGUGUAUAACCCAAUUGUAUAUGGCAUCAGCCACCCUAAAUACCGCGCGGCGCUGUAUGCGAGGUUCCCAGCUCUGGCAUGCCAACCUUCAGCUGACGACAACGUGUCCGCAGCAUCUGCGGCCACCGCCUGCACUGAAGAGAAACCAUCUGCUUAA